UUCAAACGAGGAAGAAAACAUGUCACAAAUAACAUAAAUGAAGAUAAUAUGUGUUGAACUCUUCUUAAGUAGUUGGUGUUUUGGAGAAACAGUCACGACAGACAUGUGCUCCUUGUAGACUUCCAUUAUAGUCUUACUAUAGGUCUUUUAAACAACAAUGGACAACGCAAGCGACUCGGAUGCUUUGCUUGUCAACUUGAAUGCAGAGAAAGCUGAUCUUAUGACGCCGGUGAUAGUGUUCCUGGCCGUGCUGAUGUGUGCCGGCUUGGUCGGCAAUGUGUUCGUGGUAAUUUAUUACGGAUUCAGAGCAAGGAAAUCUACACAUUCACUUUUUAUUUGCACUGUGGCUAUCUAUGAUCUCAUAAGUUGUGGAAUAUCAAUACCUUUUGAAAUAGUUGACCUUCGACUGUUUAUAACAUUUGAAGAUAGUACCGCUUGCAAAGUGUUGCGAUUUGUAAACCACUUUGCAGCAAUUGGGAGCAUCUGUAUAUUGCUUGAGAUUGCAAUUGAUCGAUUUAGACGAAUUUGUAGACCAGUUCAAAAACAGCUGAACCACCAACAAGCUAAACUAGCAUGCGGACUGUCUGUCGUUGUUUCUGUAGUCUAUUCAUGGCCAACCUUUGUGUUUUAUACAUCAGUGCCUGUUGAUGUACGAAGUAAGAACGGACAAACAGUGACUGGACACGAUUGUACAACGACGAAAGAAAAGGAAUACAGUGUGUAUUUGUUGGUUUUCAAUUUCUUUUAUAUGGCUAGUUUUGUAGUUGUCGCUGUUAUUUUGUGUGUUUUGUACUCGCUAGUUGGCAGGAUGUUGGUAAAACACAAUCACAAAAUGACAGCCGCAAAACCUACGUCGGAGGGGAUUGAAACAUCCCUGACUGAUGACACCACAGCAAAAACAAAACAAACAGAGAAGGUCACAUCAAACACGGGGGACAAACCAACUCAACAAGCAAACCACAAGACCACACACCUAGACCGUACAACUGUAAAGUUUACAAUGAUUAUGUUGGUGAUAACAGUGGUGUUUGUCAUAAGCUUUCUACCAUUUCUAGCACUAUUGCUGUGGCGGGUUGCUAAAGGCGGGUAUAUAGUGGACGCUUUGUCUGACAGUGGUCUGGUCGCCUUCCAAUUUGGACUGAGAUCAUACUUUUUAAACUCAGCCUUGAAUCCUUUCACUUACGGUUUCUUUAAUUCAAGGUUCAGGGAUUUUUUGUAUACAAUGGUUUGUGUUUGUAGAAGAAAAACUUCUGGAAUUAACGUACUUUUUUCUACAUCAAGCGAUACACAGUAACACAUAACAUGUCUAUAUUGUGAACAAUGCUAUCAGAGAGUUGUAAUGAAGAAAAAUUGAGAAAGGAGCUUGAUUUCAUUUUCAUGCUGUUAUUUUAGUUAAAUGUUAAAGCCAUAUUAGUAAAUGCACUAUUAAAAUUAACAUUGUACAAUGUUUAAGAGUAUUUGCACUGUUUUCCUCCACAAAUUAAAGUGACACUCUUAUUCAAAAUCAAUACAUACAGAUGUAUAACAAACAUAACGUUUAAGUGAUAAACCUUUAUCUACCUACUAAAUAAUGCAUUUGUUGGAAAAUAUUCAUUACUGAUAACAAGAUUGUAAAUAGGUGAAAACGCCAAAUUAUUAAAUAAUUGGUGAGUGCUUAAAGGUCUACUGUGAUCUACUAUCGUCUUAAAAGGUAGAGAUACUGUGUUUUCUGCACUAUUAUUUCUAUUAUUAAAGCAAGUAUCAUUCACAAAACCAUUACAUUUUACAUUUAUUCAUCCUUUUUGGUAUAUUUAAACAAUUGUAUUAAUUUUGGUAAAUCUUUUUUGGGAGUAAGAGUGCAUCAUAAACUCCUGUAUAUGAAUGGUCACACGUUUCGAUUCCCGGCUUGGGCGCAUGUGAGUUUGGUUUUGUGGUCACCAAGCCGGACAAGUGGGUUUCCUCCAGGUUCUCCGGUUUCCCCCCACAACACAAGACCACACAUUCGCGUAAAAUCGUGCCAACGAGAGUGAUUUAUAUAAUGUUGUAAUAACUUGUUUCACAAUCGUUGUAAAAUAAAUAUGUUUAAACUGACAUAAACACGUGUAAUGGGCGUAACCGUUGUAUAACUUCCUCAUGGAUAGAAUACAAAGGCAAAUCCUUCAUACCGGAAGCUAUCUAUACAUUCUCGCUUAAGUGCUCGUGUAUAAUCUCAAUAACUCGGGCUGUGGGUUGCGUGACUAUUACUUACAUGUCAUUAGAUUUAUACUUAACGCAAUUCAUAAAACCAUUUAAAAAAAAAUCUGAUCAACACUCUAAAGGCGAUAUAUACACUUAUCAUUUUUUGAUUGUACUGAUUUACUUGUAAAUAACGAAAUACCUUUCUUGAUAUGUGUAUGUUUAAGUUUAAUACUUACUUAAUAGUGCUAUGUUUGUCUCCAGCGAUAACAUUGUCACGUAUGUGUUUAUAAAUAUGUUAUUUGUUUAAUAAAGUUCUUAUAACAUA